UCAACCCCCAUUUCUCAUUUUUUUUUUCAGACUCCAUUGAUGCAUUAGGGUUUUAAAUGUAUAUUUCCACGCCCAAAUAGUUCCUUAGGGUUAGGGUUUAACAUUUGUUAAUGUUUCACAUAUUUCUCCACGACCAAUGCAUCAAUUUCCGAAUCCGCCCAAAUAGUUUGCUGUAACUUGAUCUCAACUGUAUUUGCUUACCCUUCCAAAAACUCUCUUUCUUUUUCACAGUGGGGACUAACCAAAAUCUGUGACAGUGAAAUGCUGGUGCCAUCCUCCUUUCUGAGAAUAUCAAUAACUGUUGACUAUCUACUACUGUUACUCCUCCCACAGCGACAACCUCUCAUAUUCCCUGUUCAAAGGCGUCGUUAUGCUUCUUCCCCUUCAAUUCCGUGGUUAAAAUCUCUCAAUCUUCCUCGUACUUCCCUUGUGAGUCAAGUGAUGGUUGUUAUGCUUCAAGACAAGCCUUUUGAUGCUCAAACUGCCGCCUCAAUUACUAGGCUCAAUUUCAAUCCAUGGACUGUUGAGACUGUCUGUGAGGUUUUGAGAUCCAUUACCAGAUUCUUUUUCCAAUCUGCUAGAUCAAUUGGACGCCAAAAAGGUUUUAGGCACCGGACACCUCUUAGACAGAGAAAUCUACGAUUAGAAUCUGAUAAUCUUCGGGAUGGUUUGCGUUUUUUUGGCCCUGCUGCAUACAGAGAUCCUGAGAAGGUCAACUUAGGAUUAGAAAAGGCGUUACAAUUCUAUUAUUGGGUUGAGUCCCAAUUUGAAUUUAUCCAUAAUGAGAGUACUUGUAGGGAGAUGGCCUGUGUAUUGGCAAAAGGGAAUAGGCUGAAAAUGCUGUGGAAUUUUCUUAAAGAAAUGGCUGGAAAAGGUAAUGGACAACUUGUGACAACUGCUACUAUCACCUGUUUGAUAAAAGUUCUUGGAGAGGAGGGCUUAGCCAAUGAAGCAUUGGCAGCAUUUUAUCGGAUGAAGCAGCUGCAUUGUAAACCUGAUGUUUAUGCCUAUAAUACAGUCAUAUGUGCUCUUUGUAAAGUUGGGAAUUUUAAGCAGGCAAAAUUUUUAGUGGAACAAAUGGAAUUGCCUGGUUUUAGAUGCCCUCCUGAUAUAUUUACAUACACUAUUUUGAUUAGCUCUUAUUGUAAGCAUAGCAUGCUGACUGGGUGCCGCAAGGCCACUAGGAGGAGGUUGUGGGAGGCAAACCACUUGUUUCGGAUAAUGUUGCUUAAAGGUUUUGUUCCUGAUGUUGUUACUUAUAAUUGUUUAAUUGAUUCCUGUUGCAAGACCUAUAGGAUUGACAGGGCAUUAGAGCUUUUUGAUGAUAUGAUUCAGAGAGGAUGUAUCCCUAACCGGGUUACCUACAAUUCAUUUAUUAGGUAUUAUGGCAAAACUAAUGAGAUUGACAAGGCCAUUGAGAUUUUAAACAGGAUGAAAUUGAUGAACCAUGGGAUACCCACUACAAGCUCUUACACCCCUAUCAUACAUGCAUUAUGUGAAGCGGGAAGAGUUUUGGAGGCACGGGAUUUUCUUGUUGAGCUAGUUGAAGGUGGGUCAAUUCCUAGAGAAUAUACAUAUAGAUUAGUUUGUGAUGCACUGAGUUCAGCAGGUGAUGCUGGAUUUUCUGAUGAAAUUCGGAGGUGGAUUGAGAAUGGGAUCAAUAAUAGAUAUAAGCAAAUAAUGCAGGUGAAACCAAUAAUGAAAGGUAGUUCCAUUACAGCAAUGGUUAAAUCUGGUGUUUGAUGGUUUGGGAAUGCUCAACCAUGCUGAAAUAUGAGAAAAUUGACUACUUGUGUAGUUUUCAUCAAGUAAGCAUUACCAUUAUGAUUUUUUAAAUCCCAAUCAAUUAUUCUAUGCAUAGAUCCCUAAUUAAUUAUUUUUCAUUUAAAUGGAAUGCACAUUUCCCCUUUGUCUAUA